AGGUGUAUCUUCCCAGUUACGUGGGCCGCGAUAACAGCAGCGGCAAACCCGCAUAGCAACCAUAAGAGGCGGCGACGCCUUUGGGAAAGUUGUCGCCAGUCAGCCAUGAAGACGCUGGUGCUGUGCCUGCUCCUUGCCGGGGCCCUCGCCGCCCCCUCCCACAAGCCCACCUUCCGUCGGGGUCUCAACAAGAUCGUCGGUGGACAGGAUGCCACGCAAGGACAGUUUCCCUACCAACUGAGCUACCAAGACAUUGUCUUCGGUGAAGCAUUCCACUAUUGCGGGGCUUCCAUCUACAACGAGAACUGGGCCAUAUGUGCCGGUCACUGCGUCCAGGGAGAGGACUUCGAGAACCCUGUCAACCUUCAGGUUGUUGCUGGCGAGCAUAAUUUGGACCUGGAUGAUGGCACCGAGCAGAGUGUUGUUCUUUCCAAGAUUAUCCGACACGAAGAUUACAACGGCUUCUCCUUCAGCAACGACAUUUCCCUCCUCCAACUGUCUGAGCCUCUAACUUUCAACAGCUUCGUCGGACCUAUCCCUCUGCAGACCGAAAAGGAGUACAUGGGAGAAUGCGUUGUGACCGGCUGGGGCACACUCAAAGAGGAAGGCGACCCUCCCUCUGUCCUUCAGUGGGUCACUGUCCCCACUAUCAGUGACUUUGACUGUUUCGACGCUUACGAAGACGAUGUCGAAGACUCCAUGAUCUGCGCUGGACUACUUAACGGAGGAGCGGACGCCUGCCAGGGUGACUCUGGUGGACCCAUGGCGUGUGAUGGCCUUCUAACCGGCAUCGUGUCCUGGGGCUAUGGCUGUGCCCGCCCUGACUACCCCGGGGUGUACGCUGAGGUGGCCUACUUCAAGGACUGGGUUGAGGCUAAUGCUGUGUAAUUUCAUUUUUUGCUCUAGCUGGUGUGCUGCCAAACACAAUAAACACGUCACAGAAAA